CCACUUUUGCCUAUAAAUUCAACAGCUAGAAAGGAGCUGGUUUCCUCACAACCCCAUCUAAUUCUCUCGAUUGGUUCUCUCUCUUUCUUUGUCUCACUGACUCUCUCUCUCUGUCUCUCUUUUCAUAUAUAUAUAUAUUGAAAAACAUACGUACAUACAUAUUGUCAAAGAGAGAGAUAAAAAUAAUUAAUUAAGAAGUAGAUCGAUGGUUUCAGAAGGAACAGACAUGUUCAAAGUGAUUGUGAGCAAGAAAGAGGUGGUGGCAGCUGUUCUGCCGAUGCAAGAACAUUGGUUGCCACUCUCCAAUCUGGACCUGCUUCUUCCACCAGUGGACGUGGGAUUGUUCUUUUGUUACCAGAAACCAAAUAUUUCAUCUUCAUCUUCAUCUUCACCUGACAACAAACUAAUUUACAGUUGCAGCUUCGAGUCCAUGGUUGGGGUCCUCAAAAAGGCCUUGGCUGAAACUCUUGCUUCCUUCUAUGCCUUUGGUGGCGAGGUGGUCCCGAACUCUGUCGGUGAGCCUGAGCUUCUAUGCAAUAACCGUGGGGUUGAUUUCAUUGAAGCUUUUGCAGAUGUUGAGCUUAAACAUCUCAAUCUCUAUAACCCUGAUCAAACCAUUGAAGGAAAACUCGUUCUCACCAAGAAGCAUGGUGUUCUCGCUGUCCAGGUAACAGAGCUCAAGUGCGGAGGGAUGGUGGUGGGGUGCACGUUUGACCAUCGCAUAGCGGACGCACAUUCAGCGAACAUGUUUAUGGUGUCCUGGGCCCAAACAGCAGCUCACUCCUCCGACUCCGACUCGGACACCAACUCCAAAGCACGCCUUCCAUGUUUCAGGAGGUCAUUGCUCAACCCUCGCCGUCCCGCUUCCAUCCACCCUUCCAUCGACCACAUGUACAUCCCGGUCACCGCUUUGCCGCCUCCAAAACAUGCACAUCCUGAAGUAGCAGCUGGUGGAGCUGAGAUUAAUAACCACCAUGACCAUGACCAUCUGAUAAGCCGCAUCUACUACGUUAAAGCCCACCAACUUGACCAUCUUCAAAAAGCUGCCAGCUGCAUUCAUAACCAUAAUCAUGGCCAUGUUAACUGCAGCAACAGCAGUAGCAGCAGGACGAAAUUGGAGUCUUUCAGUGCAUUCCUUUGGAAGAUGGUUGCCACAUGCCACGCCCACGACAACCACGACCAUGCCCAGAAGCUCUGUAAAAUGGGAAUUGUGGUGGACGGACGAAAGAGAUUAACACAAGGGAAUAAUAAUAAUAAUAAUAAUAAUAAUAACAUGGAAUCCUACUUCGGAAAUGUUCUCUCCAUUCCCUUUGGCAGCAUCAAGGUUGAGGAUCUCAUCCAGAAGCCACUGCAUUGGGUUGCCGCACAAGUCCAUGAAUUCAUACAAGCCGCAGUCACCAAGGAUCACUUCUUGGGCUUGAUCGACUGGGUCGAGGCUCACCGCCCCGUGCCGGGCUUGGCCAGGAUAUACGCCACCGGCAGCCAAGAAGGGCCGGCUUUCGUGGUGUCGUCUGGACAGCGAUUCCCAGUUUCCAAGGUUGAUUUCGGAUGGGGAAGGCCCGCUUUCGGGUCCUAUCACUUUCCAUGGGGAGGAGAUGCCGGAUAUGUGAUGCCCAUGCCCAGCCCCUCAGGGAACGGCGAUUGGGUGGUUUACAUGCACUUGUCCAGCAAGCACAUGGAGUUGAUAGAGAAUCAGGCUCAUCCCGUCUUCACGCCCUUCACUUUUGAUUACCUUAAUAUUUAAUAAUAAUUAAUAUUCACUCCAAUGUGAAAAAUCAAUUAGAUUAAAAUUAAAUUACAACGUUAAUUCAUGUACACAUGAUUUGGAUGUUGACCUAAUUCCGUAAGUCAUAAGUCAUUUGAUUAAGCCGCUGCCUGCCCAAUUGAUCUGUCGUCUUCUCUCCUUUGUAAUCAUUGUUGUUGUUUGUGUGGUUGCUUUUAUUCAACUUUAUAGAAAGUGAUCUUAUACAA